AUGAGAUUAUAUGCCUCAGCAUUCACUAGAGUAUCACUGUCGUUGCGCCGAACCCCGCCACGCUGUCUUCCAUUGCAGCCGUUCCGCCAAAGUUCCCACGCCGCCCUAGCGAAUACCAAAGAAACUACGGAUACCAAAGAACCUACAAGGCCGCCAUUCACCGUUAAUAGCUUACGUGCGCUCUACGAGAAAAAGGAGCCAGUGACGAUGCUCACAGCUCACGAUGCUCCCAGUGCCUUGGCCGCUGAUCUUGCUGGCAUUGAUUUAAUCUUGGUAGGAGACAGUCUGGCCAUGGUAGCCCUAGGCUUGGAGGGCACAAGUGAAGUAGCACUUGAUACAAUGCUGCUUUAUUGUCGCAGUGUCUCGCGUGUUGUGAAAUCAUCCUUCAUUGUCGGUGACCUACCCUUUGGCUCUUAUGGAGUCACCCAAGAGCAAGGGGUAGAAUCAGCCAUUCGAAUGAUAAAAGAGGGACGGGCGCACGGUAUCAAACUUGAGGGAGGAGCAGAGCUGGCUCCAACCAUGGCUUCCAUCAGUCGAACAGGGAUCCCAGUUUUUGCCCAUAUUGGACUCACCCCUCAACGUGAGCACGCUCUGGGAGGGUUUAAACCCCAGGGCAAAUCGGCUGCUAACGCAGUCAAGAUUUUCCAUGAUGCACUAGCAGCCCAGAAGGCCGGAGCCGUAGCCGUCGUUCUGGAAGCUGUUCCGGCUGAAAUUGCUCGGGAAAUUACGCAGAGGCUCCGCAUACCUACCAUUGGCAUUGGGGCGGGAAGCGGGUGCUCUGGACAAGUACUUGUUCAAAAUGACAUGGCAGGGAACUUUCCGCCAGGUAGACACAUUCCUAAGUUUGUUAAGCAAUAUGGCAACGUUUGGAAAGAAACGGAGUCAGCCAUCAAAAGUUUCCGUGAAGAAGUUAAGAAUCAGCAAUUUCCAGAGUACAGACACACGUAUGCCAUGAAGUCAGAGGAGCUGGAAAAGUUCAAGCGAAUCAUGGAUGGGAUAGAAGGAGAGCCGAUGCAAAUGGAAAGAUAG